GCAAGAGCAUCAACAAUCAGAGCGGCUGCAGCUGGCACUACAGCUUACUGUCACUUUACUCUCUCUCUGCCUGCAACCGGACCGGCUAAGGUAUGAAGCGCCCGUUAAGUCCCGACCAUUUAAAUGAGAAUGGGAAAAUGAGUACGGCCGCCAUGUUUUUACGCUGCUUUGAAGAAAAGGUCACUUGGAAUGAUCGGACGGACUAUCCAUUUUCAAAUGAAAAAAAGAAGAUCCUGUUUUCAUUGUGUGAAGUGUGCAAUAUUCAACUGAACUCGGCCGCACAGGCUCAGAUCCACUACAAUGGAAAAUCCCAUCUUAAAAGAGUGAAACAGCUUAACAAUGGCAAAAUACCUUCAAACACAUCGUCAGGUUCAUUACUUUUAAGCAACAGCACGGGCAGCACAUGUCACACCACCACACUUCCAGCUCUAGUCCGGACUCCGAGCUUAGUGAUGCAACCUUCUUUGGAUAUCAAGCCAUUUGUGUCAUUUCCAAUGGACAGCAGUCCUGCUGUUGGUCUCUUCCCAAAUUUUAACACAAUGGAUCCUGUCCAAAAAGCAGUCAUAAACCAUACGUUUGGAGUUUCUUUUCCCCCAAAGAAGAAGCAGGUUAUUUCUUGCAAUGUCUGCCAGCUGCGCUUUAAUUCUGAUAGCCAAGCCGAGGCCCACUACAAAGGCAGUAAACAUGCCAAGAAGCUCAAAGGACUAGAGACAACGAAGAAUAAGCACAAAACGGGUGUUUCAAAGGACAAUGCAAAGGCAAUUAAGAGCUCAACGGCCAACCACAAAUCAGCUAACCUGUCAGAGAGAGAAAUCAUUAACAGAUGUACUGCUAUCUCACCAUCUCCACUGGAACCCAUAAACUCCAGGACAACAUCUAAUACAAGCACUGGCUGGUUCUUUCCACCUGAUCCAUGUGGUGAAGAGGAGAAGUUAAAAUCCAGCAGUUCAGUUAAUCAUGGCAUGGCCGAGAUUAGAACAUUCAUUGCCAAGUCUGAAGUUGCAUUAACAGCGGUUAUACCAGCGACACUCCUCAAGAACACUAAUGGCACUACAAACAUAAUUUCUGAAUCAGAAGAAGAAAAAGCCAAGAAGCUGCUGUACUGCUCACUAUGCAAAGUAGCGGUCAACUCCCUGUCACAGUUAGAAGCACACAACACAGGUUCUAAACACAAGACGAUGCUUGAAGCCCGAAAUGGUGCGGGUCCAAUCAAAUCGUACCCUAGGUCAGGGUCCAGACUAAAACUACAAAAUGGCUUGAAAGGAUCAGGUUUACAGAACAAAACAUUUCAUUGUGAAAUCUGUGAUGUGCAUGUGAACUCAGAAAUCCAAUUAAAGCAGCACAUCUCCAGCAGAAGACACAAGGACAGGGUAGCAGGAAAGCCAAUGAAGCCUAAAUAUAGUCCAUACAACAAACUUCAACGCAGUCCUAGUAUUUUAGCAGCAAAGCUUGCAUUCCAAAAAGAUAUGAUCAAACCAUUAGCCCCGACUUUCCUUUCAUCGCCUCUUGCAGCAGCCGUGUCUUCGGCGUUUUCCUUACCACCUCGACCACCUAGCUCUUUGUUUCAAGGGUCCGGGUUAACCCCAGCAUUUCUAAGAGCAGGACAUGGAUCAAUUCGAGCAACUACGGCAUCCAUUCUCUUUGCGCCGUAUUAACCACAAUGAAUCUGUUAUCAACAAAAACUUAAACAAGACAAAGGACUAACAUUCUCUGUACCAUGAAAUCCUUGUUUGCUCCGACACAUCUCUUGUCUGGAUAUUGCAUUCGAAGAGCACAUGGCCUAGCCAAGCCCUCCUGUUGUAGAAAGCUCAGUAAACACAGUUCUGUGUUGGGUAGAGCCAGCUUUUCAUAAGAUCAUGGCACUGCUUUGUCUGCAAUCUAUUUAACAUCAACAAAUAUGAAUAUCCUUCUUUGCCAGUUGGAUUGAUAAUGGGGGUCUUAACGGUCCUUUCAUGUACAUAGAUGUUUGGCAUCCAAAUGUCAAUACUGAAGCGUGGAAUAUACAGUAAAGAUUAACAAGUGCUUUAUUGUGGAUAACACCAAAUCAUUGGAUGAUAUAAAGUAUUCUUAAAUGUGAUUGACUAGUUAACAAGGGGCCGUGUAAUAUUGUGUAGGACCCAAAUACUGUCUUGUCUUGUAUCGUUCUAGAAUCUAGAUUCUAUUAGAAAGUUCACACGCUGUUCUAAAGGUGGAAAGCAACUCUGCUUAAAUGAAUUUUAUUUUUUAUUCAUUUUUUUUUGUUUGUUUGUUUUUUUUGUUUUGAUAGAUGAUCCAAACUAGAAAAAGCCAUAUAAUAUCAAAAUGUCAUGACAUAUUUUUUUGUUGUCUAACUGAUUUUUAUAGCUUUCUCAAUGUAUAACUUGUUACUAUGAAAUAUAAAAUAAAUGUUUAUAGCCAGAAAGUCUAAUUGCUCUAUAAUAGAUCUCUAAAUUUCACGGAAAGGAACAAACGUUUGAUAAAUUUAUUAUA